AUGGAGUACGAUCCGGCUUUUCCCACAGACGAGAUAGAGGAUAAAAGCGAUUGCCUAGAUAUUGGUGCUAUACCUUUGCCAGGAGGCCUCGUUCAAAAUUGUGUAGAUAGUUCUAUUAAUAAUUUAGUUUGUAAUAUUCCUCUACCUCCAGAUAAUAUUGUCCCCAAUUCAUCUCUCAGUUUCAAUAAUAUUAUUCCUCCGCCUCCCCCAUUACCCCUUGCUAAUGGAUCCGAAAUUGUCAAUGAUGGCACUACUAAAUCAGAUAGCCCACUUUUAUCGUUUCGUAUCAAAUCAGUUAAUAAACGAUCCCGGCCUGGUACGCUUCGAACAGGUGUAUUACCUACUAAGCCCAAACAUCCAGAAAUCGAAAGCAAAACGGAAUUAUUUAAGCCCACUAGGGAAGAUGAACUUGAAAUUAUGGCCGAACUGCAAAACGGUGGGAUUGUUGACAGGCAAAAUUUGUCUAACCCUCUUAACUCCGUAACGGAGACUCUUAAUGCUCAAAUGAACAACGCAUCUCAGGCUUCUGAGAGCGGUUUAGCUUCCAAGUUUUCCAAAAUUGAACCAGUUAAAAGCGAUCAAGAACAUUCGACAAAGCCAUUCUCUUCUAAUUCUGAAAAAGUUCUCCCUUGUGAAGAUGACAAAACUGUGGAUCAUAAACGCCGCUCUCGUUCUAGAUCAAAAGUCCGAGUUGAUUCGAAUAAAGUUCGCAGUUCGAAGCAACCGUCAUCUUUAGAAAAACGAAAAUCUAGAUCUCGUAGCCCUCAAAAAUCACAUUCUAACCGAAGAUCUUCAAAAUCUAGGCGAUCAAAGUCUCCUGAUAACUGUCGCAGGGGAUCGCCUACGCAUUCCUCUCAUAGGCGACCUCGAUCUCGAUCGUUAAAAAGACGCUCCAGAUCUCGCUCUUUGCGCCGUUCAAAAUCUCGUUCCCGCCGACGUCGUUCACCAUCUCGUUCCCACCGACGUCGUUCACCAUCUCGUUCUUUUCGAAGAGGCAGGCCUUCAUCACCAGUUAAACGUAAUCGCUCGAGAUCGUAUUUGCGGAAAGGACACCAAUCACGUUCUGUUUCUUCUAAAAGAGAUCGCAAUAGUAACUCAUCUCGAACUAAACGUCUACGUCUUGAACAGAAAAAUACUUGUCCUUCAUCCAGGAGACAGUCUAAAAUUUCCACCGAAGUGGAGACUAAGCCUAUUGAAAAGGAACUCUGUAAGAGUUCUGGCAACCACAAGGAUGAUAAAACUACUUCGGAUAAGAAGAUCGGCAAACCAAAAGAGUCGGAUAAAUCAGGGAAAUUAGCUUCCGGUAAGAAACCCCGUCGUAGCUCAAAAAACUCUGAAAAAUCAGGGAAAACUGAUACCAAAAGGUCAAGUAUUAGCAACUCUAAAACUAGUAAAGAUAAAGACAAAGAAACUACGAGGAAAUCAGAGUCAAAGGUUCAUGAAUCUAAGACUUCGAAAUCGGCUCCUGAUAACAAGAGCGCUGCCUCAAGUAAAGGGAGUACUACAUCUAAGUCGAAAAGUGUUCGAAAGGAAGCUAAGAUUGAUUGCGUUAAACCGAAGAAAGAUCGGGAAAAAAAGCACCAGUCAUCUUCAUAUGAUUGCAUUGACUCAAAAGUCACCGAUUCACCAUUACAGAAGAAAGCAGACACCACCUCUUGA